GCUGUCGCGUAUAAGCUGGCUGUGGAGAUCCUGACCACGGCCACUCCUCUGACUCACACGCUGUCACCCACAGAGAAAGGUGUGAGUGUGGCCAGCAGCUGCUCGGACUCAGCCUGCUUCACCUAUUCAGAUUUGUUUUAUUUUUUUAAACACGUUUUUUAUCCUCAAACACCGCCAUUAUGUUGUGGACGGCCACUCAAGUCUUCAGGAAAUUCUCCACCUCGUCCCAUUACUACCAGAAUAAGCUGAAACUCGCCAUCAUCGGCCAGAGUCUUUUCGGUCAGGAAGUUUACAGCAACCUGAGGAAGCAGGGGCACAAAGUGGUGGGCGUGUUCACCGUCCCUGACAAGGAUGGGAAAGCCGACCCACUGGCUGUGGCAGCCGAGAAAGACGGCACACCGGUGUUCAAAUUCCCCCGAUGGAGAGUAAAGGGGAAGCCAAUCCCAGAGGUGGUGGAUGCCUACAAAGCUGUGGGUGCCGAGCUCAAUGUGAUGCCUUUCUGCUCCCAGUUUAUCCCCAUGAACAUCAUCGAUCACCCGACACAUGGCUCCAUCAUCUACCAUCCCUCCAUCCUGCCUCUGCACCGAGGAGCCUCUGCCAUCAACUGGACUCUGAUCCAUGGAGAUAAGAAAGCCGGCUUCUCAGUGUUCUGGGCCGAUGAUGGACUGGAUACCGGACCGAUCCUGCUGCAGAGGGAGUGUACUGUGGAACCCAACGACACUGUGGACUCACUUUACAACCGCUUCCUCUUCCCUGAGGGUAUCAAGGCUAUGGUAGAGUCUGUGCAGCUCAUUGCUGAUGGGAAGGCCCCCAAAAUUCCCCAGACAGAAGAGGGAGCGAGCUAUGAAGGCAUUCAGAAGAAGUCCAAUUCUAAGGUCAACAUGGCCCAGCCAGCGCAGGCCAUCCACAACUGGAUCCGUGGCCAUGACAAAGUUCCCGGUGCCUGGACUCUUAUUGAUGGUCAGACUGUGACUUUGUACGGCUCGUCCAUGUUAGGGGGGUCGGUACCAGCCGGUCAGCCCCUGGAGAUUGAGGGAGCGUCCCAGCCUGGUCUGGUUACAAAGAAUGGACUCGUCCUUUACGGGACUGAUGGGAAAGCUCUCCUGGUGAAGAAUCUGCAGUUUGAAGACGGGAAGAUGAUCCCAGCAUCUAAAUACUUCUCUUCAGGUGAAAGCUCGAGCGUGGAACUGACCGACGAUGAGAAGAAGAUGGCAGAGGAGAUCAGGAACAUCUGGAAAGGAAUCCUCAGCAACGUACCGGCCAUUGAGGACACGACGGACUUCUUCAAGUCUGGAGCCGCCUCUAUGGAUGUAGUCAGGCUGGUGGAGGAGGUGAAGCAGAAAUGUGCUGGUGUGCAGCUGCAGACAGAAGACGUAUACAUGGCCACCACCUUCCAGGAUUUCAUCCAGAUGUUUGUCCGUAAGCUGAGAGGAGAGGACCAAGAGGAAGAGCUGGUCAUUGACUAUGCAACCAAAGAUGUCAACAACAUGACAGUGAAAAUGCCCUACCAGUGUUUCAUCAACGGCAACUUUGAAGAUGCAGAAAACGGGAAGACCUACAAUACCAUCAACCCUACUGACGGAUCUGUGAUCUGUCAGGUGUCCUACGCCUCAGUGGGAGAUGUGGACCGGGCCGUGGCUGCUGCUAAAGACGCUUAUGAAAAUGGACCAUGGGGAAAGAUGAACCCUAGAGACAGAGGGAGCCUGCUUUACAAACUCGCAGACCUGAUGGAGGAACACCAGGAGGAGCUGGCAACCAUCGAGUCCAUCGACUCCGGAGCUGUGUACACACUGGCCCUUAAGACACACGUGGGCAUGUCCAUCCAAACCUUCAGAUACUUCGCCGGCUGGUGUGACAAGAUUCAGGGUAAGACGAUCCCCAUCAACCAAGCCAGACCAAACCGAAAUCUGACCUUCACUAAGAAAGAACCUCUGGGUGUGUGUGCCAUUGUCAUCCCCUGGAACUACCCUCUUAUGAUGUUGGCAUGGAAGAGCGCUGCCUGCCUUGCAGCUGGAAACACACUUGUACUGAAACCUGCACAGGUCACACCAUUGACAGCACUGAAGUUUGCAGAGCUCUCAGUGAAAGCUGGCAUUCCUAAAGGAGUCAUUAACAUUUUGCCAGGCUCAGGUGGGAUGGUGGGACAGCGUUUGUCUGAUCACCCAGAUAUCCGUAAGCUGGGCUUCACCGGGUCAACACCCAUCGGGAAACAGAUCAUGAAGAGCUGUGCAGUCAGUAACCUGAAGAAGGUUUCUCUGGAGCUGGGUGGAAAGUCGCCUCUCAUCAUCUUUGGUGAUUGUGACAUGGACAAGGCUGUUCGCAUGGGUAUGAGCUCUGUGUUCUUCAACAAAGGAGAGAACUGCAUCGCUGCUGGACGUCUGUUUGUGGAGGAUUGUAUUCAUGACGAGUACAUCAGCCGGGUGGUUGAGGAGAUCAAGAAGAUGAAGAUCGGAGACCCCCUAGAUCGCUCCACAGACCAUGGCCCACAGAAUCACAAAGCUCACCUGGACAAGCUGCUGGAGUACUGCGAGGUGGGAGUGAAGGAGGGCGCCACGCUGGUGUAUGGAGGCAGACAGGUGGACAGGCCAGGCUUUUUCAUGGAGCCCACAGUGUUCACUGACGUGGAGGACCACAUGUUCAUUGCCAAAGAGGAGUCCUUCGGCCCUGUCAUGGUGGUGUCCAAAUUCAAAGACGGUGAUGUGGACGGCGUGCUGCAGAGAGCCAACGACACAGAGUACGGCCUGGCUUCAGGCGUGUUCACCCGCGAUAUCAACAAGGCCAUGUACGUGAGCGAGCGUCUGGAGGCGGGAACGGUAUUUGUCAACACUUACAACAAAACCGAUGUGGCUUCACCGUUUGGAGGCUUCAAGCAGUCUGGUUUCGGUAAAGACCUCGGCGAGGACGCUCUCAGUGAAUACCUCAAGACCAAAGCAGUGACUGUGGAGUACUGAGACAGUGUGAACGAACUCUGAGCCACGUCAGUCUGCGUCAGCCAGACAUCCAGCCACAUUCUGCAGGACUACGAGCAUGUGUGAGAGUGUGUGAGCGUGUGAAUGAGAGGAGAGCUUUGUUGUUCAUGUUAGCUUGGACAACGUGCCUGUCUUUUCUUGGCUUUCUGUGUGGAAAAAAAAUCAACACCAUGGACGAGAGACGCUUGCUUUUUACCCGUCUGCAUUUCUACACAUAAAACGUGGAGUUGGAGCCGAGGUGGGUCCGACUGUAUUUUUAAACUAAAAGUGUGUUUUAUGUUAAAACACACUCACUCUUAUCAACCUGAAACCUAUUUUUAGUAAGUCCGUUCUCAGAGUGGUUGGUCUUUUAUCCGUCUGUCAGCUACACUGUGCCAUGAGGUUAAAUUGUUGGGAGAAGGACUGUGAGUGGCUCGGAUUUAAAAGGGAAUUCCUUUGUUUUAAACCUAGGUCCUUGUUUUAUAUUUUUGGGGUCUUGAUGUCUAAGGGUGCACUCAAACUAUGCCCAGUUGUCCCAUGCUGAGCUAAGGCAUGAUUGGUUGCUUGGCAUGGUACAGAUUUCUUAGUGUUAGUGUACCUUAAGAGACACAAAAAGGUAUGGAUUUGCUCCUGUAGAUUGUUUGUAUUUGCAGCUGAAAAACAGGCUGCAGAAUAAUCCUUAGGGGAAAAUGUGCCCGGACGAUGUAUGUCUACAUUCUUUUUUGUAUUUCUUCUGAUUGUCUGACAACAUUACAGAAAGUUUCCCCACUUUUUUACAAGGUGAAAUCCUUCAUUUCUUCAAGAAACAGCUGCUAGAUUGCUUUCUUCAAAGCUGCCAGACUUCAUUGAAAAGAAACAGCAAUUUUACCUCACAGGACUAGGUAAAUGUUUAUGCACUGCUGCCUUAAAUUGUCUGUUGGUGUCUAACUUAGCUCUUUAAAUGGAUAGAUGUUCCAACAAGGUGUUUUUGCUACAAAAGAGUGAUUGAUGCAGCAGCUUUUUAGUCCAAAUAGAUAAAAUGACUGAUGUUGUCAACAUAGUGGUUUUAUGGCUCUUAUUUGUGUAAAAAACACCCACAAUACCUCAGUCUGCAGCAGGGAUAGGCAACUAUGGUAUGGCAAACUUGUAAGAGAUGGUAGGAUACUCUUGAUUUAACCAUUGUAAGUACAUAUAAUUUAACAGAAGGAAAAGAUAUGUAGCUCUAAUCCGCCUUUAUUACGUCAAACCUUUAGAUUUUUUUAAGCCAGAAUGUGCAAAUAGUAAUGCUUAUGCAGCUGAACACAGAAUUUAAACCAGUUUAAGUUAUUUUUGCAUUGCAAUAAACACAGUAUCUACUGGUUAUUUUAAUAUGCUUUACUUGCAUAUCAAGUUUUUUUGCAAUUGCAUAUAAACAGAGAAACAAAUACAGCCUAUAGGGGGGACAGGAAGAGAUAUCUGCUUUGAGAAGGGCUACCAAAGUCCUGAAGUUUUGUGCUAAAUAACAAUCUAGAGCUAAGUUAGAGUUCCAAAAGUAGUGACACAUUAAGGCAACAAUUUUAAAAAGCUCAAGAGAAAUGAUGGCAGACAUGGAUUAAAACUCCCAGUCUAAAGCCUCUCAGUGGUUCAGUCCAGUUUGUCACAGUAAACACUGAUCUUUUCACAGCUGAUGUCUGUCCAGCCUCACCCAUUGCAAUGGGAGGAUCUUUUGUCUCAUCUCAGUGAUAAGAGCUGAUCUUUUCGCUCCCCCUCAACAGCUCUACAUUUGGUACUUUAAUAGUUCUUUAAAUUCUGACAAAGAAGGAAACUGGCUCUCUGUCGUUCAUAUAAAAGAGCGAGCUCAUUCCUGAAUGACACAUUAUUGCUCAGCCACUUACCCCACAAAGUUCAUUUCCUUGAUAGGAUAUCAGUGUUUCCGUUAGAGGCAUGUUUGUGAAAAAAGGAGAAAAGCGGUUAAAGAGGCUCAGUUAGCCUCUUAGCUUAGUACAAGACUCCUCUAGACUCUUGUCUCCCCUCUCCUGUCUAGACUUGUAGUUUUAAGUCUGCAGGGCUAAGUCAUUUGUGAUAUCAAUCACCUUCAUGCCAGGUAAAGUGGUUAACAUGUAGAAAAAAAUACUUUUGGAAAGUGUAGUGAUAACAGCCAGUUUAAGUAGAUAUUUUCUGAUGAUAACUGUAGGUGCAGGUCCACUUAGAGCUGUAACGGACUGACUUUCUGUUCUCAUUGAUUCUUAACUUGGGCCCCUGUAAGUGUCCCCCCUGGUGUUUACAGUCUGUCUCUGUAGAGAUCCUUUCUUUGAUGUUGUCAGACUUUCAGAAUGAAAACAUGAAGCUGUCGGUGACAAAAAAUAACUUUAAGUGAACAUAUUAUAUUAUGGUGCCACUAUAACCAGCUUGAACUAGUAUUAUACUACAAUAGAUUUUUGUUAAGUGGCAUUGUUAGUUUUGGUUAAGAGUGUGCACAGUGACCUGUGAUCACACCUCACAAGGAUGUCACAAAAUUCAAAACACUGAUUUUAGGCAUCUAAAAGAUUUCCAGCUGCAAUUGCUGCAUCAUUUGAUUUUGUCUGACUAUUUUUAGGUCCUGAAGGAUCAUUCACACACAUGAAGAAAUAAAAGGUAUCUGGCUGCAGACCUCUAUGGUGGGGCUUUUUGAAGUCAUCUGUUGCAGACCUCUACAAUGGGGCAGGAAGUGAUGACU